CGAUCUCUUCUACUUGACUCACCAAGUAACAUGAACAAAUUGCUGGUUGCAUUGCAUCUUAUCUUGUGCACUGUCUCUCAUGUGAAGACAAGACAACGCUGGACUGCUUUAACACCGGAGGAAACAUUGUUCAUAUACACGCGUUGCCAGGAAGAACAUUUGCCUGCAGAUAACAACUCUAGAAAAACGUACAUCGAAAACUGGCAUCAAUGGAAACUACAGCCUAACGAUCACGUCACUCAAUGUUACACUAAGUGCGUCCUAGAAGGAUUAGAGCUGUACGAUGGAAAACAGAAGAAAUUUAGGCCAGGAAGAGUGUCAUCUCAACACGUCGCCUAUCAGUUCCUUAAUGGUGCCACAGCGGAUGAGGUUGCAAAGUAUAAGGGAGCGAUCGAUGCGCUCGAACCAGCCAGUGAUAGCUGCGAAGAUCUGUACAUGGCUUAUUUUCCCGUGCAUGAGACGUUCGUAAAUGUAACCCGUAAGUUGUAUCAUGGCACAGUAGAAGGUGCAGCGAGAGUAUACAACUCGGAUCCCAAUCUUAAACGAAAGAACGAAUCAUUGUUUACUUACUGCGAGAAGCAUGUCUAUGGUGAUCAAAAUCGGGAGGAUAUGUGCCGUGGUCGCCGCUACGAGCUAACCGGUAGUGAUGAGCUACGCAACAUGAUCGAAUGUGUUUUCCGUGGCUUGCGUUACAUCAAACAUGGUGACAUUAAUAUUGAUGAAAUAGUUCGUGACUUCGACCACAUCAACCGAGGUGAUCUGGAGCCACGCGUACGUACAAUUCUCUCGGAUUGUCGGGGCAUACAGCCCUACGAUUAUUAUUCCUGUUUGAUUAACAGCGAUAUUAGGGAGGAAUUUAAGCUAGCGUUCGAUUACCGUGAUGUACGUUCGGCUGACUAUGCAUAUAUUGUGAAGGGAAACACCUACGAUGCCCAGAAAGUAAUAGCCGAAAUGAACAAAGUAGAGAAACAUGUUUGCGGAUAAGAUCCUGUGAUAGUUUCUUGUCAAAUGCUUGCAAUCAAUUCACCUGAUGAAUAGAAAAUUACUAAGUCAUCCGUGGAUAUAAUCGUCGUUUGAAACUCUCCGUCCCCGAACUGAGAGGUCCGAAAAUGAAGCGAAUAUUCCACAUUAACCGAACUAUUAAAAAUUAACUUUAUGACUUCCUCUACUGGUCUUCCUAGCAUGGACAGAACAGCAAUUCUCGAAAGCGAAUGCACGAGUUCACGUAACCCUCUUACUCUAGGACACGUGCCUACAGAGUGAAAUUUAAGUCUUUUUAAUUAACACCCCUGCCUUCCCAAAUAAUGUGACGUGUGCCAGAAAAAUGCAGGAAAUGCGCUCCCAGAACGAUAAUAAAAUGUUGCCUGACUGUCUA